AUGGCUUCCAUUCUACGUUCCAGAGCCGGCGUCAGGGCUGCUGUCCAGGCCAGAUGCUUCAGCUCGACCCCGAGACAUGCCGCCGCCUCUGCUUUCUUCACCAACGAGCCGGCUGGUCCGACUGUAAAGACUGCCAUUCCGGGACCAAAGAGCAAGGAGGCCAUCUCCCAGCUUGACCGCGUCUUCGAUACUAGGAGCUUGAAUAUGCUGGUUGACUACCAAAAGUCCACCGGAAACUAG